AUGGCUCAACAAGAUGUCUAUACCGUGAUCGAGUUUGACAGCCCAAACUUCUUCUCGACAUGUUUCCAAAGCGGUUUUCAGGAGGCUCAUACCGGCCGUCUGAGCAUCAACCGGGACCCAGCCGUCUUUGAGUAUAUAGUCAGCUAUCUAUCCGGAUACGAAAUAUUACGACCGGUUUCUCGUGGGCCUUUGCAGCUGGUUGCGGCGCUCGACAAAACCCUGCUGUAUAAUAUCCGAACGGAUGCUGCAUUUUUUCAACUCGAUGGACUCGUUCAUCGUGUGGAUUCCAUAUUGAUUCCUUAUGUCGAUACCAUGAAGUUAAACGAGCGAUAUCUUGCUUUUCUUGGUAUAUACCUUCCUACCAAUAUUCGCACAACUCUGGAAGUUCCAGGCAAGGCGUUCACUGGAGUGACAGAGUGGAAGACAACUCCUAUCACAGCAAAAGUGCGUGCUAGGGCCCCCUUUAACCAACUGGAGAUCCCUUAUUCCGGGUCUAAUUUCGACGAUUUUCAUACUCUGGCUAUGGUACACCAAGUUUUGCGGGAGAAACUAGGAGAACAGUACCUCAAACACUGGCGGUUGGUUGGCUACCAGUCCGAAUACGAGGAAGAUGCUUUUCGUUAUCUGAACAUUAUCCUGGUGGAACGGAUCGGGCUCCCUUCGGUUUCAAAAUGA